UGCUUUCCUCUUCUUCCCAAAAACCCUUAUGCGGAGACGAACCCUCCCCCCAAAAAACACUCGUAUUGCUAAGUUUGAACUUAUAAGUUUUGUUUGUGAGAUGCGCCAUAGCUAUGCAGAAGCUUCUGUGCAGAAGCCCUUCUUUCUCCGGCCACCUUAUUCCACCCAUUAACACGCCCCUUUCAAACCCCAGCUUUCUAUCUAUGGGUUUGAGCAGCGGCGCCACCUCCAGAAUAAUCAAGAUGUAUUCCUCCGCCGCUCUCCGCCAUACUCAUCCCUCACGUCUCCGGUCGACGAACCCCCUUCCGAUGGCCGCGCGUCGGGGACUCGGGCUCGGUGAAACGCGGACGCCCUCCUGCUGUUGUCGUCCCUGCGGCUGCUCCGUGGAGGUCGGCGGUAAUAAGCCGCUGUUUAGGGCGUGGGUAGCUCCGAAGGUGAGGAGCUACGAUGUUGUGGGUGGGGCCCACAGAGCUUGGUACGCGGCGCAGGCCGGUAAUUUGGAGAAGGAGGGUGGUGGGCUGUUGACGGCGAAUGAAGUGGAGGAUGAUGACGAAAAUGUGAGAGGGAAGGUGCAGAGGAGGCAGAGAAGCGCCGGCGGCGAUGGUGGGGCGCCUCUGGCGGUGGCUGUGAGUCCGGAUUUGCUGACAAUACCAGGUGUGGGGCCCAGAAAUUUGAGGAAGCUGGUGGAGAAGGGAUUUGAGGGUGUAGCUCAGCUUAAACAGCUCUACAAAGACAAGUUUUUCGGUAAAUCCAGCGAGAAAAUGGUAGAGUACUUGCAGAGCUCUGUGGGUAUCAUACACAAGAACCAUGCUGAGAGUAUAACCACUUUUAUCAAAGAGAGUGUGGAUGAAGAACUGCAGGAGAGCAAUCGAAAGCCGUUCCAAAAGAAACGAAUCACUUUGUGUGUUGAAGGAAAUAUCAGUGUUGGGAAGACUACAUUUUUGCAGAGGAUAGCUAAUGAGACUCUGGAGCUUAGGGAUCUCGUGGAGGUUGUGCCCGAGCCAAUCGACAAGUGGCAGAAUAUAGGCCCCGACCACUUUAACAUAUUAGAUGCUUUCUAUGCUGAGCCUGAAAGAUAUGCUUACACUUUCCAGAACUAUGUGUUUGUCACUAGAGUUAUGCAGGAGAAAGAGUCGUCUGGUGGGGUUAAGCCCCUCAGGCUGAUGGAGAGAAGUGUUUUUAGUGAUAGGAUGGUCUUUGUGAGAGCUGUUCAUGAGGCAAAGUGGAUGAACGAGAUGGAGAUCAGUAUAUAUGACUCGUGGUUCGACCCAGUUGUCUCGAGCUUGCCUGGUCUUAUUCCUGAUGGAUUUAUCUACCUCAGAGCAAGCCCUGACACUUGUCACAAGCGCAUGAUGUUGCGUAAAAGAUCCGAAGAGGGUGGAGUGUCUCUUGAUUAUUUGCGGGAUUUGCAUGAAAAACACGAAAGCUGGCUUUUCCCUUUCCAGAGUGGAAAUCAUGGGGUGCUCUCCGUGAGUAAGCUGUCCAGUAAUGUCGACUGGUCUUUGCAUCCUAAUAUAAGGGAUCGGGUUUUUUACUUGGAUGGUGAUCAUAUGCACUCGAGCAUCCAAAAGGUUCCUGCUUUGGUUCUUGACUGUGAGCCAGAUAUUGAUUUCAGCCGGGACAUAGAUGCUAAGCGAGAGUAUGCUCGUCAAGUUGCCGAGUUUUUUCAAUUUGUGAAAAAAGGAAAGGAGGAAGUCCCGGCAAAUGAUUCUAGACAAAAAGGUGAACAGAGCAAUGAAGUUCAGGUUAUACUGCCUCCACAUGGCAAUCUGUGGUCGCCCGGCACACAGCCCUUCCCGGAAUCUGCCCUUAAGUCUCUCGAUUUUAGACGAGCCAUGCCUUCUUUCAUGCCUCAAUUUCACGUGAAGAUGGCGAUGAAGGGCGGUUUGAGAUUUUGCACCUCCAAUCUACUGAGUCAUUCUCAUUCUCCAUCGAUUGCUCCCAAAUCAGUUAUUUCGAGUGCAAAUUCGGAGGAUAGUUGCUGGAUCUGUUUGUUGCUCCCUGGUUUUGUUGUUGUUAUGAUAGGAUUGAAUGUGAAUAGAGGGAUUCACUCAACAAGCGUGAAGAAUAUGGGAGGAGGACACGUGCAUGACGAGCCUUAUUACCUUCACGCAAAGCACAUGUAUAACUUGGACCAGAUGAAAAACCAGAAACUUACAAUGACUCUCGGUGUACUUACUGCAUUCAGCAUUGGUGUUGGGGUACCCAUAUAUGCAGUUAUCUUUCAGCAAAGGAAAACUGCCUCGGCAUAAAUUUAUCGAUUGUUGUUGAAUGCACGUUUUCUGUAAUAAGUUUUUGGGAUGCUUUGUUUUAGAUGUGAGAAUAGCCGGGAAUCUACUGGUUUUCUAAAGAAAUUAUUGGGUUUUCAAGCAUUUGCUUAAAAUUGGAAGUGUUUGCUUGCACGUUUUGUUUGGAAAUGGUUGUUUUUGAUUUCAUGUUUACAUCAAUAAGCAUAUUUGUUGGUAUGUCUUUGAACUAUGUCAUUGUAACAGGUUUUUUCACCGGUAAGAAGGUUUUUAGUGAUGAUG